GCCGCAGCAGAUGCGGUGAGGCGGCCGGAGCGGUGCGCGCGGGCGGCGGCCCGUUCGCUGGGGAGGCCGCGCCUGCAGCGCCGCCUGCGGCCGCGCCCGACCUGGGUGUGGCGGAGCUCGGGCACAGUGUCGCCGGUGCUCUGGCGCAGGAGCUCGCGCCCACGGAGGCGCGGUAUGAGCAGGAGCUCGAGAAGCCCCUCCCCCAGUCGGUCAAGGCGGACCUCAUGGCUCAGCUGGAGCGUGCGAUAGUGCCCGAUCGGGCCGUCCUCCCCCUCACGCCCCUCGUCUUCGGCUUCCUCGUCCUCGCUGGCACGUUUGAGACCGACGAGACGGUCGGGGACCUGGCGCCUCAGGUGGCGGCCAG